UUGAAAAUGAGUAAAUUGAAUAAGAUGUACUGCCAAAUUUUUAAUUAGGCAGGACUAAUGUCCACAUUUAACUAAAAUGUAUUUUACGUGGUAGCUAUUCCCCUAUGCAUAUGUCAAUGUCCAUGUGAAGAUUCUAAGCAAUAGUUUACGAAAAGUAAGCAUUUCCUUAUUGUGAUGGGAGACUUGUAAUAAAAGGUGAAUUUGAAAGAAAAUGAUCAACUAAGCAUAAAGUUUAGGUUAUAAUAGCCACUAGUAGUCUACACAACUUUUUUAUUCUAACCUUGAAUGUUUGAUAUAAAAGUAAAAGAGUAACCUGUUAGUCCUGUUUCAUAUUCCUUCAUGAUCCUGAUUUUAGAUAUGCACCAUUAAUGUGUUUGUGAGAGCAUAUUCUUUUACUUUUCAAAAGAGGAAAAAGAUGAAAUAGAGAGAAAAGAUGAUCUAACAAUCCUGGAUGUCUGUUGAGAUAAGUUUACUUGUGUCAUUCUUGUGUUUUGUAGUGUCAACAGUAAGCUAAAAUUAGUGGACAGUUGGAAGCCACUCAUGCAAAUAACUUUAAGUUGUUUUAAUGCAUGUAGAACCCUUAUACGAUUUCUUCUCAGGCACGUGUAAGUCUUGGUCCUGGAAGUUUCUCUUAUGUGGGUUUUCAAUAUAUAUUACUUCACAACCUACUAGUGUCCGAUUUGUGUAUCUUCUUCACUGGGAAACUUACAGGUGGACUUUGAAUAAAUAUACCGCAAAUUUACUCUUUUCCUGAAAGGUAUAAAGGCAAGAAAGCCUUUUUAUUCAUGGCUGAGAAAGUCGAAACAUACCCAUGUCAGGAAAAGUGGAAAAUUUUCUUCUGCCCAUUUUUUAAGGAUCUCAGAUCAGUAUUCAAAUUGGACGAGCUUGGUCUGGAAAUAGCUAAAAUUGCGUUCCCGGCAGCAAUGGCUUUGACAGCUGAUCCUAUUGCAUCUCUUAUCGAUACAGCAUUCAUUGGCCAGAUAGGUGCCGUGGAACUUGCUGCUGUAGGCAUAUCUAUUGCAUUAUUCAAUCAAGUAUCUAGAAUUGCAAUAUUCCCCCUUGUCAGUGUCACGACCUCCUUUGUUGCAGAGGAAGACACCCUGACCCAGAUGAGUCAAGAAGCAGAAAAGAGUGAGACCUUGCAAAUGGGUACUCUUGUAAGUACUGAAGGUGAUAAGUUAAUCCCAACUGAAGAGUCUCAUGACUGUACCGAUAUGUUAGAGUCACAAUCGAAUUGCUGUAAUAUAGUAAAGACUGAGUCUGAAAAACGGAGCAUCCCAUCAGCCUCAUCAGCUCUUAUAAUUGGUGGCAUUCUUGGCAUCAUCCAAGCUGUUUUACUCAUAUCUUUAGCUGAACCUGCCUUGAAUAUUAUGGGGGUCAAAUCAGAUUCACCAAUGCUAAGACCUGCACAACAGUACUUAAAAUUGAGGUCUCUAGGUGCUCCAGCUGUUCUACUCUCACUGGCUAUGCAAGGUGUAUUUCGUGGAUUUAAGGACACGCAGACCCCUCUUUAUGCCACUUUGGCAGGUGACAUAACAAAUAUUGUUUUGGACCCAAUAUUUAUCUUCAUCUUCCGGCUUGGUGUCAGUGGUGCAGCCAUUGCUCAUAUUUUAUCUCAGUAUCUAAUUUCAGUUAUACUCUUCUGGAGAUUACUGCAACAAGUGGUAUUGAUACCCCCUAGUCGCAAACAUCUGCAGAUUGCUCGAUUUCUUAAAAAUGGUUUUCUGCUUUUGACGAGAGUCAUUGCUGUAACAUUCUGUGUGACGCUGGCUGCAUCUUUGGCUGCACAUCAGGGGCCAAUACCAAUGGCUGCAUUUCAGGUUUGCUUGCAGGUCUGGUUGGCAACAUCUCUUCUGGCUGAUGGCUUAGCUGUUGCUGGGCAGGCGAUUCUUGCAAGUGCCUUUGCUAGAAAGGACUUUGACAGAACCACUGCUACAGCAUCCAGAGUUUUGCAGUUGGGACUGGUCCUCGGGAUGGUUCUAGCCAUCAUCCUUGGAGUUGGACUACCAUUCGCUGGAAGAAUUUUCACAAAAGAUGAUGACGUCCUCCACCUCAUUACUGUUGCUACUCCGUUUGUUGCAGCUACUCAACCAAUCAAUGCGCUGGCCUUUGUUUUUGAUGGAGUCAAUUUUGGAGCUUCUGAUUUUUCAUAUGCAGCUCAUUCUUUGGUCCUGGUGGCUAUAUUGAGCAUCAUAUCACUGUUUAUUCUGUCUUCAAGCUUUGGCUAUGUUGGACUAUGGAUAGCUCUAACCAUUUAUAUGAGCCUGAGAGCAUUUGUCGGUUUUUGGAGAAUUGGAACCGGAACAGGGCCUUGGAGCUAUCUUAGAAGCUAAAUGCAUUGUCAUUGCUGCAGUUCUGCUUCAUAGACUUAAUCGAGAAGUGCAGUCUUUGCGGUCUUUACUUAUGGUCUACCUGUACAGCUUAGGUAACUCUAAAAGAAAGAAAAUACAUACUGGGGCUUCAAAUCCCAACUUAUCUCUGUUGUAGUUCUUUUUUAGACAAGUUACAAGUAUAUAGGGGAUGUUCUUUGCCUGGCAAUGUAUGGAGAAGUAUUCAGAGGUUUCUUUUUCUGUAAUCCAUUGGGUUGUUCCUCA